UUAAGGCAAAGAUACUUCGCAAAAUUUGCAUUUGCAAUUUUCCACACAAAUCACUGUAAUCAAUAACAAAAAGUGCGGUUUUCUUCAUUUACGCGUGAAAUCGAAUUAAAUUGGCGCCACACGUCACCAUGUCAUCGCCACACGAGCAUGAGGAUGAGGAACGCGAUGAUGUGGAGGAGGAACAGGAGAUUCAUGUGGACGUCGAUUCGGAUUCACGUAUAUCCUGCGGUAGUGGCUCUGAAGUGGAUAUGGAAGGUGGCAGUUGUUACGAUGAAAUGGAAACUCCACUCAGCGAAUCAGUGCAAUCGGAACAAACACGUUCAUCGUCCAGUGAAAAUUUACCCUUUAGCAUAUCACGCCUGCUGUCGAAACCCUUCGAGAAUAAUAACAAACAAAGUCCCGAGAAGGACAUACACAGUGAACAUGAAUUGGCUGCCUACAAGUUGGCCACAAGUAUAGCAACAUCAACGUAUGGUGGCGCCACAGCACUUUAUACCUAUCCGCAUUUGUAUCCCACCGCAGCUGCGGCAGCCGCUGCCGGACAUGUACUGCGUGUACCACCGCAACGGACCCCAUUAACUUGGGCGCUGCCGCCUUUACACCAUGCCGCUUUGGCACAUCAAGCGGUCAAGGACAGAUUGGCAGCUGCUUUUCCCAUCACCCGUCGCAUUGGUCAUCCAUAUCAGAAUCGUACACCACCAAAGCGGAAAAAGCCUCGCACCUCCUUCACACGCAUUCAAGUAGCUGAGCUGGAGAAACGAUUUCACAAGCAAAAAUAUUUAGCGUCAGCUGAGCGAGCGGCACUGGCGCGAGGACUCAAAAUGACCGAUGCGCAAGUGAAGACAUGGUUUCAAAAUCGUCGCACGAAGUGGAGACGUCAAACGGCCGAGGAACGUGAAGCUGAACGCCAAGCGGCAAAUCGCCUCAUGUUAUCCCUGCAGGCAGAAGCAAUUAGCAAAGGAUUUGCACCACCACCACCAACAGCGCCGCUUUCUGCACAAUCAGUUAACGGUGCACCACUGGCCGCUUUACAUGGACUACAGCCGUGGGCUGAGACACACGCGGCUGGUUGCUAAUCCGCCACAGUGCUCAACCACUUUUAGAGCGGACAUGAACGAUGCGAAACUUAAUGGUGCACCCAAAAAUAUCUACUACAUACUUAAGUGUAGUAA